AUGGUGUUGGUAGUUGCCAUGGCAGAAAAAAAGCACAGGUUAACAAUUCCUGGAUUAGAAUCUAGGUCCGUUGAGACCACUUCACCUGAAGAAACUCCUGAUCCACGUCAGCUUACGCACAACACGAGACAUGAUGGCAACACGCGAAACCGCAUUCCUGCCUGGCAUUUCACCUCAUCCGGGUUUCGACGUUUCCAUUAUUCCAGUGCAUUUGGCAGACGUCAGUGGUUUCUGCCUCUUCAUUCACUGAUUAAAACUCAACAGUUUGUGCUAUCGUGUCGUGGGAAAUCUUGGAUUUCCUUCCUCUUCUUACCGCCACCUUCACUUCCAGCCUGGCUCGACGACAUCGGUCUUCCAAUGUACAAGCCCAGAUUUGAAGCCGAACUUAUCGAUGCCUACCUUCUGCACGAACUCACUCUGUCGGAGCUUCAAACACUGGGAGUGAAUAGUGAGUUGCACAUGGUCUCUUUGCGACGAGGCCUCCAGCUCAUGCGUCAGCUCAACUUUGACCUCACUCGUCUUUGUCGAUGUCCAAUCAGCACCAGUUGCUCUGCUCUGCCACGGAGUUGCAACAAUGGUACUACUGAUGACCUCUCACAAAGAUCUCUCGAAGUUCCCGCAUUUAUGAUGGAAUCGGCGCAUUCCACCCCUGCCCUCCGGCUGGCACAGCCACCUACCUUGAAAUCACCCUUAAGCGCCCCUCGGGAAAAUACGCUAUCGCAGGAUCCCACCUCGACCUGCCGUUCGCCUUCCCUCUCCUCCUCUUUGCCACCUCCGUCCUCUCUCGCCUUAUGGACCUUGCAUCGGGUGGAGGCCUGGCUCUGCGAAAUCGAACUGCUCGAAUAUGCUUCGGGCCUUCGUAGCAGUGGCCUUCAUGGCGCUCUUUUACUCUACGAGGACCGUUUCACGGUGGAGACACUCGCAGCUCUGCUCGACAUAGGGCCAGAGCGUACGCUACUACGUCGCCACCUGUCGGCAGAGUUUGCCAACCUCCUCGAUUCUUCCCUCUGCCACCGCAAACAGUGCUCUACCGACGACAUGACCACUACCGUGCCUGCCCUCAACCCCUCCACUAAACUCAAGGUGAAUUGGCUCGAGUUACUUCCAUCUUUUGCUAUAAGGCAUAUGAACAUGAAAAUUGCUUUAUUACAGGGUACAGAGAGAAAUGGAGAAGAUUAUGGAUUGACACCUGCUAUUAAACCCGAGAUCAUUCAGCCACGUAGGCCUCAUCUUCAUUGCGGCGUCGUUCGCGACGCCUUCGGUGGUUAA